CCUCUUCCUCCUCCUCCUCCUCCUCCUCCUCUUCUGCCGCCGCCAUGUCGUCAUCCUCCUCUUCUCCUCCUCCGCACGUUGUCGAGGACUGCCGCGGCGUCGUGCAGCUCCUGAGCGACGGCACCAUCCGGCGCUCUCCGGACCCCAUCUUUCCUGUAGAUUCUGACCGCGACGACGGCUCCGUCGAGUGGAAGGACGUGCUCUUCGACCCGACCCACAGCCUCUUCCUCCGCCUCUACCGUCCCCGACCUAGUCAUGAACUAUCUGAUUAUGAUAACGAAAAGCUUCCCGUGCUCGUCUACUUCCACGGCGGCGGCUUCUGCAUCGGCUCUCGGACGUGGCCCAACUUCCACGCCGGCUGCCUCCGCCUCGCCGCCGAGCUCGGCGUACUCGUCGUCUCCGCCGACUACCGCCUCGCCCCCGAGCACCUCCUCCCCGCCGCCAUCGAGGACGGCGCUACCGCGCUCUUGUGGCUCAAAUCCCAGGCCGAAGCCGGCGCCAGAGCCGACCCCUGGCUGGCGGAAUCCGCCGACUUCAGCGUCGUCUUCGUCUCCGGCGACUCGGCCGGGGGCAACAUCGCCCACCACAUGGCCGUCCGGUUCGGGCCGGCCGGCCUGAACCCGGUCCGCAUCCGCGGGUUCAUCAUCCUAAUGCCGGCCUUCGGCGGGGUCGACCGGACCCGGUCGGAACUGGAGUGCCCGGCCGACGCGUUCCUGAAUUUGGAGGUGGCCGACCGGUACUGUCGCCUCAUGCUGCCGCGCGGCGCGACGAGGGACCACCCACUUUUCAACCCGUUCGGACCGGAGAGCCCGAUCCCCGGCCCGUUCGAGACCGGCCCGGUUCUCGUGGUGGCGGCCGAGCGGGACCUCCUGCGGGACCGGCACGCGGAGUACGCUGCGAAGAUGAGGGAGCUGGGGAAGCCUGUGGAGCUCGUCGAAAUCCAGGGGCAGGAGCAUGGCUUCUUCGCGACGAAGCCGUGGUCCGAACCGGCCGGCGAGCUGGUCCGGAUCAUCAAGCGGUUCAUGGACGAGUUCCGAAGCGACUCGGCCUGAACCGGUUCUACGUCCGAAUUUUUUAUAGCAACCUGCGAGUGCUUCACUAGUUUCGUCAUUUCCACUGUUAUGUUAUCUCGACUAUCUAAAUCUAAUGUGGUUUCCCCUACAACAACAACAACAAUAAUAAUAAUAAUAAUAAUAAUAAUAAUAAU